AUGGCAGAUUUCAGUCUCGAUGCCACCUUUAUUCCGGCGCUGCACAAACCACCAGCAUUGCUGCCUAUUGCCAAAUAUCGCGACAGCCUACUGUACGUGAUCGAAACGUACCCAGUCACCAUAGUGAUCGGUCAAACCGGGUCCGGGAAAACUACACAGAUACCUCAGUUCCUGGAAAAGGCAGGAUGGUGUGAAAAUGGCAAAGUCAUCGGUGUGACUCAGCCUAGACGGGUCGCAGCAACGACAGUCGCGCUCCGUGUUGCUGAUGAGAUUGGGUGUGAAGUAGGCAAAGAGGUUGGGUACUCUAUUCGAUUCGAAGACGUCACGUCGUCAGCGACACGAAUCAAGUUCCUCACCGAUGGUUUACUCAUUCGAGAAGCACUGGUUGACCCUCUACUGAGUCGGUACUCUGUUAUAAUGGUUGACGAGGCUCACGAGCGCUCAAUCAGUACGGACGUUUUACUGGGGCUAUUGAAGAAGAUCCGAAGGAGAAGACCGGAUCUGAGGAUCAUUGUCAGCAGCGCGACUCUGCAAGCCAAGGAUUUUCUCAAGUUUUUUGCUGCUACCAGCGAGGAUCAAAGCUCUACGAGUAAUGAUGACAAGUCGUCUGAGAUUGCAAAAAUCGUGAACCUGGAGGGCAGGACGUAUCCUGUUGAUAUGCUGUACCUGGAAUCACCAGCGGAGAACUACGUCGAAAAGGCCAUCGAAACGGUGUUUGAUAUCCACACGCAGGAAGGGGAUGGGGACAUCCUCGUCUUCCUGACUGGGCGCGAAGAAAUUGACAAUGCGAUCCAGACCGUGACCGAAAGAAUUGGCCAAACAGGAGAUCGAUAUGGCGAUUUACAACCACUGCCUCUAUACGCAGGGCUGUCAUCAGAGGAGCAAAUGUACGUCUUCGACAAACCGCCUGAAGGCAAGCGCAAAGUUGUAUUCUCGACAAAUAUUGCGGAAGCCUCCGUCACCAUCGACGGCAUAGUCUACGUAAUUGACAGCGGAUUCGUCAAAUUGCGAGCAUACAACCCAAAGACCGGCAUAGAGACGCUCACUGCAACGCCGACAUCCAAGGCAUCUGCUUCACAACGGGCUGGCCGUGCUGGGCGGACAAAGCCAGGGAAAUGUUUCCGCCUCUACACCGAACAAAGCUACCAAAGCUUACCGGAGGCCAACCCCCCUGAAAUCCAGAGAUCCAACCUGGCACCGAUUGUUUUGCAGCUCAAGGCGCUUGGGAUCGACAACGUCGUCCGAUUCGACUACUUGUCACCACCUCCAUCGGAACUCAUGUCCAAGGCUCUGGAGCUGCUAUACUCCCUCGGAGCACUAGAUGAAUAUGCAAAGCUGACAAGACCACUGGGUUUCCGCAUGGCCGAGCUAGGCGUCGAACCCAUGAUGGCCAAGACACUACUAACAGCCCAAUCGUUCAACUGCCUCAGCGAAAUGCUUACCAUCGCAGCAAUGACCAGCCUCGGCACGAGUGUCUGGUUCUACCACGACGGCGAGCAAAGAGCCAUGGAAAGUUCACGACGCAAAUUUGCCGCCGAGGAAGGCGACCAUCUCACUCUUCUCAACGCCUACACGGCAUUCGUCACGAAGGGCAAGAAGGAAGCACGGUUCUGUCACGAAAACCACCUCAACUACAAGUCCAUGACGCGCGCAGUGAGCAUCCGGGCACAAUUGAAACGAUACCUAGAGCGCUUCAACAUCCAAGUCAGCGAGUCGCUGGCUUCCAAUCGACCCUCGGAGGCAGAUCUGAAGGGCAAGGCGGAGCAGAUUCGCCGCUGCCUAACGUCGGGAUAUUUUGCGCACGCGGCUCGAAUGCAACCCGAUGGGACAUUUCGCAACGUCGAGGGCGGGACCGUCAUGCACGCGCACCCGAGUUCGUUGCUGUUUAAUAGAAAGGCGGACUGGGUUAUCUUUCACGAGAUUACGGAAACGGGCGAGAAGACAUUUAUUCGUGACAUUACCAAGAUUGAGAAGGGGUGGCUGUUGGAGUACGCACCCGGGUUCUAUACAGUGACGAAUACUAGGAUGGGCGAAUAG